AUGGCGGUUUCGGUACGCUACGACACCGACGAGACUGGGUCAUCGUGAUAGGGGGGGUAGGAAGCCGUCAUUGCUUUUCGCACAAAAAGCCUCUUACGGCCAUUUCCUUACGCUGUUUACUAAAAGUCAUUACGCUAAACUCUCGCAGUCGUUAAAAUGCCUAGAUGUGCAUUGGAUACUUUCGUUCAUAGCUACGUGCAACGCGUCCUGUGCAAACGCGAGUAAACAAGCGCCAACGAUAGGCCUACCCACGCAGGUCGUGGACCUUAGACCAAUGCUUGAACCGUUAGUGCAAAUUGCCAGUAAAGUAAAUGCAAUUAAAUCAGAUACUUCGAACCUUAUUCACCGUUUCAACUUAAAACGUGGGUACUGUGACUAGCCGCCGUAACGUGGGUUUAUAAAUGUUAGCUUACUUCUAAACUUGUUUCGCAUACGUUGUCAAGCCAGGUUCAAGCUGAAUCCGCUGCCGAAGCCAACAACACAAGUUGUGGCGCGGAACAGCCGGGAGCAGGUAGCAACAAGUCGGCUGUCAACGGCGACAAAAAUACCUUUUAUUUUCGGCUUAAUUUACGUCACUGUCGGCCGCUGUAUCAUCCGACGACAGACAGACGAUGAAGCAGGCGACGCUGUUCAAAGCGUGGCACCCGAAAGGUUCCACUGCGUCCGAGGUUCCGAAACCGAAGGACAAGCCUCCGGACGACAUGGUGGAACUCAGCGACGAGGAUGACGAGUUCUUGGUACAAGCAAUGGACGCAACGCUCGCCGAUAACUUGCCGUCGACGUCCGCUGUUCGAGACGAGGGCUCUAGGAUGCAGAAGGCGCUCGAACAGUUGGAAGGGUUCGACGCUGUUGCCGGCCAGACGUGGAUCUACCCGACCAACUAUCCUGUGCGUAGCUAUCAGUUCAACAUCGUGCAGUCUGCCUUGUUCAAGAACACGAUGGUGAUCCUCCCCACUGGCCUGGGAAAAACGUUCAUAGCAGCUGUAGUCAUGUACAACUUUUACCGCUGGUACCCGACUGGCAAGAUCGUGUUCAUGGCACCGACGAGACCGCUCGUUGCCCAGCAGAUUGAAGCCUGUUACAAGAUAAUGGGCAUACCGCUGGAGGAUACUCUGGAGAUGACAGGAACGGUACCUGCUGGUCAGAGAGCCCAAGGGUGGCGGGAGAGGCGAGUGUUUUUCCUAACGCCGCAAGUGAUGAUGAAUGACCUGCUGCGCAACGCCCUGAGACCGCAAGAUGUGAAGUGUCUGGUGAUUGAUGAAGCCCACAAAGCACUGGGCAGCUACUCCUACUGCCAGGUUGUGCAGGAGAUUGUUAAGUACAACAACCAGUUCAGGAUUCUUGCCCUAAGUGCCACCCCAGGAACAGACGUCAAGUCUGUUCGUAACGUCCUUGCAAACCUGAUGAUCUCCCACGUGGAGCUGAGGACCGAAGACUCCCUCGACAUCCAAGAGUUUACGCAGAAGAGGACGAUCGAGAAAGUAGUGGUGCCCCUCGGUGAAGAAAUCACUGAACUAAAGAACAAGUUUCUAGGGGUGAUCCGCACGUACCUCGACCGUCUGGACCGGAGCAAUGCCAUCCCGCGGGUGAACCCCGAGUCCCUGGGGAAGUACCGCAUGCUCCUGCUUAAAGAGAGCUUCCAGCAGAACCCGCCCAGCCGACUCAGCUCCCGCGAGGUGGGACAGCUGCAGGGUUACUUCUCCCUGCUCAUCAGUCUGUACCACGCAUUCGAGCUUCUGCUGGCGCACGGCAUGCAGCCAUUCUUCUACUUCCUCAAGGGCAUAGUGGACGGUGAAAAGAGCCAGCCACGCGUCCGCUACGAACUGAUGCACAACGGCGAUUUCGAAGACCUCUACAAGCACCUGGAACAGCGCCUGGGGGUCCCCGAGGCCUCGGCCAAUGACACCCUCCACCCGACCGCUGCUGCUGCUGCGUCCUCACUAUAUGAGAACACUUUUUCCGAAACUGAAGGCCAAGCAGCACAUGUUGUGGGUCAUCCAAAGCUUGCGAAGCUUGAGGAAGUCAUCCUGGAGCAUUUCAAAAAGUUUGCGGGCAAUGAGGGAGGCACCCGUGUGAUGGUCUUCUCCCAGUACCGGGACAGCGUGAAGGAAAUCACGGUGCAACUCAACCGCCACCAACCGCUCGUCAAGGCCAUGAAUUUCGUGGGCCAGAGAGCGGGUACAGCAAAGGGCUUCAGCCAGAAGGAGCAGCUUCUGGUUGUCAAGAAGUUUCGCGAGGGUGGCUACAAUGUCCUGGUGUCAACGUGCGUCGGAGAGGAAGGGCUGGACAUUGGCGAGAUUGAUCUGAUCGUCUGCUUUGACGCGCCCAAGAGCCCGAUCCGCCUCGUGCAGCGCAUGGGUCGCACGGGAAGGAAGCGUGAAGGGCGCAUUGUUGUGCUGCUUACCGAGGGCAAGGAGGAACAGGCCUACAAGGAAAGCAACUAUAAGAAGCAGAACAUCCAUCGUGCCAUCACCAGCGGUAGGCAGCUGGGGAACCUGUACGAGGCGAGUCCGAGGAUGGUUCCGCGUGGCAUCAAUCCAGUCUGCCAUCGAAUGCACAUGACCGUGCCUGAAUACAGGAGCGCCAAGAGCACCGCGGCCUCUGGCAGAGGAACUCGCUCUAUUCUGAACUUCAUUACUGGCAAGCAACAAAAAAAGUCUGGUGCAGCACUAAACAAGCAGGAAGAACUCUACUAUGAGGCACAUUUUGAGGUGGCACUAUCAACAGUUCCACUACCGCCAGUGGCUCCUUCACGUUUUCUGAGCCUUCGGAAUUUCCGAUCAAAAUGGAAAAAAACUGAGCCAGAGGACAAGAGUAACCGGCCAAGGCUCUCCCUGUCGAGUUGGACGCAGUGGCAGUGUGACGAGCAGCGUGGUCGCUACGUGGCUCACUCGAGCAAGACGAAGAUGUUCGUCGAGCUGAUGCGCUUCAUAGAGAACACUCGGUAUGCCGACGAAGAACUCGAUGCGUACAACCUCGAAUUGAAACCCUUUCUUCAGAUGGAGUAUGUUAUGUCAUCAGACGAGUGCCUUUCACCCGAUCCCGAUUUAGUUGGCGCGGGCAGCAAAGACGGCAACACAGCCAAAACUGGUCGGCGAAAGAAGCUUACGAAGAAGACUGGCAAACGGGUCAUUGCUGAAGACAAAAAGAAUGAAGAGACAGACGAGGAAGACAAAGAUUGCAAGGCUCCAGACAAUGUGGCCUCACCUGGGGUGAAUCAGGAGGGACCUGAAGAUACGAACAAGGUUUGGAAGAAGAAGAAGAAAAGACGAGUCAUCACCGACUUCUUUAAGGACAAGUCACUGUCUCACGAUUCGUCGUCGUGCAUUUCAUUUGAGACUGACCUUUGCGAGAGGGUUGAAGAGAUGGACUGUCAGGAACGUGCUGAAACAGACGAAGAGUGUGUAGUGGUCAUUUCUUCAGAAGCACAGGACGUUGAUAUGAAGGAAGUUGGUGAUGUUGACACAAAUGACUUGAAGGAAGAAGAGUGUGAGCCAGAUCCACCAGAAGUUGAGAUUCGGACUCCACCAAGGCUGGACGUCGACAUAUUUCCCAGUCCAGGUCGUGUGCUAUCGCCGGUUGACGUGGCAAAUAUUGUGCUUGGGCAAGGAGGAGUGAACGCCGACAAUUCUCGGAACAAGCUUGUUGCUGACGCGACGCUUGAGACAAUGGAAUGUGGUGGUGGUGGUGUGCCUGAUGGGGAAUGUCGAAAUUCAGGGACCAGAACCAAGAGCAAUGAAAUUAGGUUUUCAAAACUGGAAGUCGAUAGUGAUUUAGAGGGCCUUCUUGAGGAUGACUGCUUCGACAAAGAAACGUGCCCUAGCAGUGAUAACCACAGCCUUCAUGAAGAGCCUUUAUGCACUGUGCAAAAGGAUUGUGAAGUUGAGGAGACGCAUUCAAAGGUCAGUGAGAGGCGGACAGAAGCGUUAAGCCAAGCUGCCGUGGAAGCUUGGGACCUUAUUGGAGAUGUCCACAUGGACAGCUUCUGUGACGAGCUGUUCAACUCCGAAGCAGAAAUGCUUGAAGACAAUGCAUGCUCAAAGGUCGAUAACAGGAAGGGGCCAGUCCCAAGUCCAAUUGUGAUCUCACCUCAGGAUCCAACCGCAGCUGCAGAGCAGGGCAAGUCUUCUGAAGAUUUGUUUGACACCAAGUGCAACAAGGCAACAGGCAGAACUGACUCAUUGAAGCUCAAUAACGAGGGAGCCAGACCGUCGAGCCCAAUUCUGAUCUUGUCACAAAAGCUUGUACCACCUGCCCACUCCACGCCCUGCCGAACAAUUCGGACAAGAAGCAUUGUCGAUGCAGCCAUGUCUCCAAGUGGUGCGGCCAACAUUCCCGGUGACAUUUGUGAGCCGUCUCCCAUCAGAGGCACAAUGCCUGAGUGUACAGAUAGUAGUGAUUGGAACCUGCUCGGUGAUAGCGACAUCGAGCUCUUUGAGAAUGCUUCCGACGGUCACGUUUCCGAUCCAAGCGUCAGCUCGGGUGGUGAGGGAGAGUGUGAAGACAUGGGAAUCACCGAGCUCUGCGACUUCAUUGAGGAGAACUCCGUCGUUGAAGAGGCACGGGACGGUGGGGAUCCCGUUUCUCGUCGCAGCCUGUCCGCACAGAGGGUACCUAGUUCUGUAACCAAAAGCGUGGUAACGAGGAAGCCUACUGUUUCCUGCAAUGACUCUCGGGCUACCGAGUCUUCAUCCGCGAACUUGGGUAACCUCUCUGCUAUUAGGAACAAACCGGACAGCUGUGCCAAGAGCCUGUCGAUCGAAGGGCACCAAGAGUCUAGUAGAAGUGGCUUGAAAGUAGAGAACACAGUCAAUGAGAGCUCUUCGCGAAUGACAAAAGUUGAAAGUUGGAGCAUCCUGAAAGAAGGCAAAGAUGUGCCUUCAAUGCACACAAGUAUCCAAGACAAGAGUACUACCACAAGAAGCUUCUCAGCCGGUCAACAGGAUCCUGACCCGAACCAAACCUCUGCUUCAAAACGCCCUUCCUUUGAGAUCACUGUUGACUGGAGCGAUCUUGAUUGCGGGAGUGGCUCGGAUGAACCUGCGACAACCGUCAAGACUUCAACACAGACACAGAAAGGCCGAACUUCCCUCUCGUCAACAAUGUUCAAUGCCAGUGGCAUGACACAAUCUCGGAACAUUCCUGUGGCUUUAGUCAAGCCCAUCAUGUGUAGCACAGUAAACAAGACAGCAGAAGUUAUCAGCUCUGGGGACGACAGCCCAGUUCAAGUAAGAAGACGGCCAUGUCACAAGCGAAUUUUGUCCCAGUCAUCAACAGAGUCCGAAUCAUCGCCCGUUGCCAUACGGCGGAGAGCUUUGGGCAGAAGUUUAGACGACAGCGACGACGACGAUUUCCAAGUCCUCACUUGCAAGAAACAGCCACAAACACAGAAAAGGAGGCCGCAAAAAGUCGAUAAUAAAAAGGUUCCACAAAACAGUGCUACUACAGGAAAGAAACCAAGGCAGAGCUCAAGGAACAAAAAGAACAACUUCAUCGAACGCGAAGCAGAUGUCUCAGCCGAUGUGGCUAAUUCGUCGGACGAGUCGGAGAACAGCAGUCUUGAUCAGCUGGACGAAAGCUUCAUUGAUGACCAGACUCAAGCGCCAAACAAGACCCUCUACCUUCAGACAGUUCGUAGCCCAGUCAAUACUGCCAAGUUUAAAAUAGGUCAUGCAAAUCAUGUUCGAUACUCUGAGGUGUUUUCACAAGCCGUGUCUGAAGAUGAAGCUGACUAUGUUCAAGAUAGCUUCUGCGUAGGCAGUGAUGACUCCUCGGCCUUGCAUCAGCUGAGUUCUUCGGCAUCUGAGAAGCUCGAAGAAGAAUCGCCUGUGCGCAGUCGAAUGAAGACAAGGCAGCGCAAGAGGAGAAUUCAUAUAUCUUCCGCCAGCGAAGAGGAAUCGUGCCGCACAAGUUUUGUCGUGAAAAGCCAGAGAAUCGACGCCGAUGACAGUCCCAUCAGCAGCAAACACCAGGGCAAAGAGUUUGCCAAGCCAGCCUUGGAAAGUUCUAGGCGUGCCGCCGCUGCAUCUGAGAUAUCGGGCUGCGAGCUAGCCGACCUUCCAGGAAACCAGGGCCGACUCAACACCCACGUCGGGAACCUCCCGAGUGUUGUCAAGGGAAGAGCGACUGCGACUUCAGAAGAUCCGGCAGGAGGAAUUUCGCAGGAAGCACAUGGCAAGUCUCCUGGACAAGACAAGCCCCUCAACAGACGCUGUCUGCCAGCCUUCUGUAGAAGCACAGGUUCCCAUCGACAACACCAUCACAAUUAUAGUGGACACCAGAGAAAUAGCAUCAGGAACGGCACUAGUGUCAGCGCUGCGUGCCUCCGAAAACGUACGAGUGGAGGUCUUCUCCCUCUCGGUCGGAAGUCUCGUGGUGGGGCGUAGGUGCUGCGUGUUGCGCAAGGCCUUGGCUGACUUCGGCAAUCCCCAGAACAAUUCACGCCUUGUGGCUGAAGUGAAGCACCUGUUCGAGGUCUACGAUCGGCCGGCAAUCAUCCUCGAGAGGCCGCAACG